ACUCUUCCGCUCCCCAACCUCUCUUUCUAUCGCGCGCUCUCUCUAACUAACUAACGGUAAUGAUAGGAGUAUAUAUCGGCGACAGAAAAACGACGAAGUCCUCAACCCCCUAUCAUCCAGGUACAUCUUCCCCAAACAAGCAAACAGAAAAAACUAACAAGGAAAAGACAAACUACGGCUACCGAACCUCCGGCCCUCCUUGUGGCCUUCCGCUUUCCUUCUCCCUCCGCCAUCCUUCCGGCGGACCCAUGUCCCCAAAGACCCCCGCAGAGUCCCGCGAUCGAAGCGCUUUCCCGAGAAAGCCUAUCCGCGCAGGUGUGCGCCCGAAGCCAUAUCGCUUCCGAAAACCAAGCGCACUCCCGAAGACUAUGCGAUCAGACAGGCUAUUGUGAGAGCAUGCCGAGCAGUAUCUCGCGAUUUCCAACAUCCUGUUGGUAUGUUGGUCCCAAGCCCACUCUUGUGUAGAUGCGAUGCCGGAUUAGCGCAGGGGUGGCGGCGUGGGGGGGCUGCGUGAAGUAAAAUCCGGGAACGCACGUGCAUUUGGUGAUUGACUCUACAGUACCUGCAUAUGUACACUCGUGUCCGCAAAGUUCUUGUAACACGUCGGGUACCCCAUCAGCUCUGGUCCGUGAUAGCAAGGCCAGGACAGCCCUUCCUUGAAGGAUAUUCCCAACCUAGCAACGGCGGACUCCGUCAAGGAUCCCCCCCUUUUUUUGCCCAUAAAUAACUUCUGCAAUCUCCCGGUGGGAGUCUGCGAAUGCUUUGUGGCCGAUACAUCAGCGUUACGAGCACUUUGCGGACGCGAGUGUACCCUCACCGUCGAAGUGAAAAUGCGAACGGAAGGGAAAAAACUUUAGUAGGCAGAGGGUCUAGAAGCGACCGAACGACAAAGAAAAUAUGGAGGCAAACGAUUACAGGCUGGAAACUAAACACAACUAGCACGACCAAUUUGAGACCUCGGGGAGUUCAGUGGGAUUUGCGAAACGCCUGACAGAUAACUGAGGUUCUUGAAACGUUGAGGGCGAGUAUCGGAAUGUAAUUUCUGUACUUGGAUGGAGCGGUGGAUCGAUGGUUGGAUGGAUAGAAGGGGGUGUUUAAGAGUAUAAAAAUGGCGAGUAGUGGUUUAGCUUCCACUAUCACGCCAACCUCGUACGAGUGGGGUCUUCGUGUCCCGUUCACCGGGGCCUAGAAACGAACCUAGAAUGCGGUUAGACGAUGUUCAACGAUAGAAGGUCGGGCUCCAUCCACACGUUCUUGCUGGGUGUCACGAGGUUGCGGUUGGACUGUCGUUUCUUCAAUGAUCGCGGAUGGGGUGGGGGAUACUUAGUUGGGGCCAUGAUACAUGUAUCGCCCGGCGGGGAGUAAAGAGUGGCUGCGGAACAAGGAGGAAUGGGUAAUGAUCUGGGCCCAUGGGCAGGGGGGCGUGGCCAGUCUCAGCCCAGAUGCAAAACUGAUAUGUAAGAG